AAUUGGCACCUCUGCCUUUGUUUGUUUCCUGUGGAUGGAGCUCCAUUCACAGUGCAGCUGAAGGACGGCCCAUAACCAAUCAGCACAAAGCACACAUAACUCACUUCCUGGUGUUUUCUCCUUAUUUGGUAGGAGAGGCUGUCCUUAUUUUAGAAGGGUGGAAAAUGGUGGAAAGGGAAGUCAAACAGCUGCCGUAGACGGAGGGACAACAGCAGUUUUAUCUCUGCCUCCUGACUCACUUGGUGUGGAUCUUGACAGAAGACAAAUAAAAGAGAUGGCUGAGGCUGGACAAAUCAAGAAAACGGCAGCUAAAGUGCUGUGCUGCGUGGAGAAGGUUUCGUCCUUCGCCUCCUCCAUUGACCCCAUAUUCGGUGUUGUUUCCUCCCUGGUUGGAGUGGCUCGCAAGGGGUUGAUGGAUGACGAAGGCCACGCUUUAGAUAAGGACUUCCAGGAAAUCCACACCAAACUGGAAAGCAUCUCCAAGAAAAACCAACUCUGUCUGAGGAAAAUCCGCAUUGACGAGGUGAAUGAAACUUUUGGCAAAUACGAGGAGUUCAUCAAACACCAGUACAAUGCCUUCAACAACAUGGUGGCACAGGUUAAGAAAGAUCCAGGCAAAACCCAGCAGUACAUGACUACCUUUGAGAAGAUUUAUGAGAGAGACAAGUCUGACAUUAGCCUGGAUGUGUACUACCGCGGUGUGAUGGGGACAAACGCGCUGUUCGGGAGACCUCUCCUCAAAGUCUACCUGGACAACUGCGAUGGCGAUCGUAAAACCAUGGAGCACCACUGCUCCCACAUCGCCCACCUGUUCCACAUGGGCCUCAUCGCCCUGAUGGGCUACACGGCUGUUACAGAGGACGACGAGGAUGAGGUGCGGGAGAAGUGGGCCAAGAGGGUGGGAGACAUCCAGGACAAGAUGCAGGAGGUGCUCAGCCAAUGCAAAGACGAAUCAUCCUGAACACAGAGAAAAAUAUAAGUCAUGUCAUGAUUUAAAACAAAUACAAAAACCAAAGUGACGCUACAAGUGUGUACCUAACUUGAGGCUGUUGUUCAUGUCGAUGCAAUCUAGUUUUUGUUUUGACAAUGUAUGAUAUUUUCAAAGUGAGCACUAUGGCUUCCUGUUGCUUUUUGUCACACCAAUAAAUGCUGAAGAGGAAUAUCUUAAAGAAUAUCUUUAAAAAAAUAAAUUAUUAUCUGAG